AUGAGAUCUUCGAAGCAUGAGCACGACGAGGAAGAGGAAGGACAAGCUUUCCUCCCGGCAUCCGUCGAAGAAGGACAAUACUGUCUCCCUUCCGAUGUCCCGGGCCCAUUUCCGGGAAAGCAAAGCCAAGCACAGCGAGCAUGGCGGUAUUUGAGGCUUCUGAUAGAGCUCGCGAUGGCUGGCGUCAUCGUUCUUUUACUGAUGCUCAAGCCGUACUGCGCAAGAGACACGAUCAGGAGAACGCCGGUGCCCAGAUUGCCGCAGAAGCUCUACACGUUUCGGGACAACCCGCGAUAUAUGCGUGGUGAGAUGUGGUUCAACUCUUCAGAUACGCUUCAUACGCUCCACAACUGGAUUGAGCUAAGCUCUGCCAGCCGUGGCUACGUCGUUAUAGGCGACGACGCUGGCCCGUACGAUCUACCCGAGCCCUAUACGGUAGCCGUUGAUCGCCAGAACGACGGGCCGGCGUACAUGAUGUCCGUCUUCCACCAGCUGCACUGCCUCUCUUACAUCGCCGAGCACUACCAGCAGGGCUACGGCGGCGUCAACUUGACCGAGGAAGUGGCCCACCACUCGGCGCACUGCUUCAACUACUUGCGCCAGGGCAUCAUGUGCUCGGCGGACACGACGCUGGAGGGACAGACGAAGGAAGGGCCGGGGGAGGGCUCGGUGCACGAGUGUGCGGACUAUGAUGCCUUGCUGGAGUGGGCCAACGAGCACGCGGCGAUGAAGUGGCGCGAGGGACUUUUGCCAGGCGAAUCGACGCUUUGA